AUGGCUUCCAACGGUAUCGGCAUCGCCAACCUGCCUAAUCAGCGCCACAAGAUUGUGGCCAAGGCAGGCGGCCACUUUACGCUCAUGGUGGUGGGUGAGAGCGGCGUGGGCAAGACGACGCUCAUCAACACGCUCUUCAGCACCGAGCUCGCCACGGGCAAGGACCACUCGCGCCGCCACACCAAGCAGCUCGACAAGACGGUGGAGAUCGACAUUAUCAAGGCCGAGCUCGAGGAGAAGCAGUUCAAGGUGAAGCUCACCGUCAUCGACACGCCCGGCUUUGGCGACUACGUCAACAACCGCGACUCGUGGACGCCCAUCGUCGACUUUAUCGACGACCAGCACGAGCUGUACAUGCGCCAGGAGCAGCAGCCCGAGCGACGCGAAAAGACCGACCUGCGCGUCCACGCAUGCCUCUACUUCAUCCGCCCCACCGGCCACACGCUCAAGCCGCUCGACAUUGAGACGAUGAAGCGUCUGGGCACGCGCGUCAACCUCAUCCCCGUGGUGGCCAAGGCGGACACGCUGACGCAGGCGGAUCUGGCGACGUUCAAGCAGCGCAUCCGCGAGGUGAUUGCGACGCAGAACAUCCGCACCUACUCGCCGCCGCUCGAGGUGGAUGAUGCGGCGAGCGCCGAGCACGCAAAGCAGCUUAUGAGCGCCAUGCCCUUCUCGAUCAUCGGCAGCACCGAAGACGUGCGCGCGCCCGACGGCCGCGUGGUCAAGGGUCGCGAGUACCUGUGGGGUGUGGCCGAGGUCGAAAACGAAGAGCACUGCGAUUUCAAGAAGCUGCGCUCGCUGCUCAUCCGCACGCACAUGCUCGACCUCAUCCACACCACCGAGGAGCAGCACUACGAGCACUACCGCCAGGCGCAGAUGGAGACGCGUAAGUUUGGCGAGCCCAAGGUGAAGAAGCUCGACAACCCCAAGUUCAAGGAGGAGGAGGAGAUGCUGCGCAAGCGCUUCACCGAGCAGGUCAAGCUCGAGGAGGCGCGCUUCCGACAGUGGGAGCAGCACCUCAUCGCCGAGCGCGACCGCCUCAACAAGGACCUCGAGACUGCACACAGCACCGUCAAGGCGCUCGAAGCCGAGCUUGAUGCUUUGCAAAACGGCUACGGUCGCGGCUCCCAGAGGCGCUAG